UCGGAAAGGAAAGUCUGCACUGAAUUUUCUCUUGUGCUGGAGGCCAUCGAAAUCCAGUACAGACGCGGAUCUCUUGAUUGACCGCUUCCGAUAAACCUUCGUCAGUUUGUGAAGAAAAGUCGUCGUCUGACGGACACUUGAUUCUUCGGAGCCUUCGAGGAUUGUGUCGUCGUCGUUCCUCGGAGUCCUGUUCGUCCCCAGUUCGACAGUUCGAGAAAAACCUUCACGGGAGAGGUCUCAUGAGCAACCUGCGUCGACGUUGAAGUUCGGCAAUCUGAUGCUAUGUCUUGUUUUUUACAAGAAUACAGUACUUGAUACCCACCUCUGUCGCAGAAGGCACCUGUCGUUUCUAGUGGAAUGUAACCAACGAAGAGUGUGUAGGUCUUAGUGAUUCAAUGUGUCGCUUGGUUGCUGUAGACCAUUAUGGAUCGUGAACAUUAUGGAUUGCUAUUUAAUGUCAUGUGGAUUCCGUUGUUGUUUCUGGCUUGGCCAUGGAUAAGUCUUCGCCGACUGAGGGCUGCGCACACGAGUUUCAGUCGCUUCAUCGUGAGGACCUCCUUUCCCUGCUAUGAUUUUUGACAAGAGGAUUAGAAUUCUAUUUGUUACAAUAGCCAUGACCGUAGCUGAAUAUAUGAACAUUCUCUACUUCAGAAACUCGAUGCCGACAGGCAGAUAGAUGAGUCACUCCAAAGAUGUGUGAGGGGAGGAGUUCUAGCUUUCAUGAACGGGAAAGGUGCAUGAAGAGGACAAACUUGUGUAGUAUGAGAAUUGAGGUUAUAAGGAAUGCUCUUUUAGAGCGGCAAACUUGGUUCAUGGUUUGGUUUCGCAUGAUUGGCAUCCUAAAAUCAACUGAGGUUUCCUUGUACACCUCUGCUGCUACUUGAAUCCUAAAGUGUUUAUUUUCAAACCAAUAUUCCACAGAAAAACGCUUGGAGUUUACAAAUGGCUGCUGCCGACUACUCCAAAACUGAUCACUCCAAAUUUGUGUUCUCCGAAGCUGACUACUUGGAUCUUUCAAUAAAGUCUAUUCACGGAGGGAAUUGCUUGGUACAUGGUGGAACGCUUGAACUGUUCGAAAACCUUUGUAAGUAUUUAGUUGAGGAGCUUGCGAAAACGAAGAACUUCUUAGAAUCUCGAUCUAAAGAGUUAUCCAAACUGCAUGAUGUUUGUGAUAGGCGGCGAGUGGCUCUGCUACAGCUGUACCUUGUAAUUAAGCAGGCUGAAGAUCUGCUGCAGAAGUGUUGUGAAAGCCAGGAAUCAGCAUGGCCCGAAAGAGCACUUACAUUGCUUGGAAUCAGGGAGGAGAUUUUAGAUAUUCUUCUACAUUUAUGGUGGUGGGAAGCAAUACUGGAUUACGUAUGGAUCAUUUCUACUACGAGUGCGUCGUAUUCACAAAUGCGGGAGGUAGAGGUGGAACAUUUGAAGAGAGAAGUAGAAUUAGAACAUGUGAAGCUUGCAAAUCAAGCCUUCGAGACAAUGCUGGCUCAUUUAUCUUCUAGAGGCAGCAAGCUCCAAGAAGCGGCUGACAAAGAUAGGGAACAUCUACUAAAUAAGCUUCUGGAAUUACAGACAGCAUGCACCGGUAGAUCUGAAGAAAGCCAUGCGGACCUGCUUUCACUACAGGUGUUGUCUCUGCUGAAGGAAGACGAGGACGUGAGUAGGAACAACCCCAAGCUGAAUGAGUACACAUGCAAGGCAGCCAUAGGACUAGGUUGCUUUGGACAAGUGCUUCAAGUGAUGUGGUGUGGUUACGAUUGUGCUGUGAAGAUUAUUGACAAUCCAGAUGAUCGGUGCGAAUCUGAUAAUUUAGGAAGGUUUCAUCAUCCACACAUUGUGCAAUUUUAUCGCCACUGGAAGACCGGCCCCUCCAGCAACCCAGACCUACCUCCUCGAUCUCACAUGCUGAUGGAACGUAUGCCUUCAGACUUAGCGGAGCACAUUCGCCGUCUGAAGGAAAGAAAAGUUUCUUUUUGCGGGAAUAUUGAAGAUUUCACAGAUAAUUCUGAACGAACCCCAGUGUUGCCCUUCUCAAUUACAGUGACCAUUGACAUCAUGCUCCAAGUUGCAAAAGCUAUGUGGCAGAUGCACAGUCAAGGCGUAGUUCACAGAGAUUUGAAACCCGGCAAUGUGCUAGUGAGACAGGUGCGUGUGCCUGAGCUCGCUUCUCUGGGCUUCCUAGAGGUGAAAUUGGGAGACUUUGGACUUUCCAGGGAGAACAUGGUAUCUUCGCAUCCAAACGUGCUGACUGAAAAUGUAGGAAGCUCUCUAUAUCGUGCACCAGAGUUGUCAUUUAAGGAAUAUGUACGAGGCGGUAAAAACUAUCCCUUUAAAGGUGACGUGUGGAGCUUUGGCAUCAUGUUUGCAGAGAUUUUAAGUGGAAAAAUUCCGUAUGGAGAAUUCAUGCGACUGGGUGAUCUGAAGGACAAAUUAAUGAAUGGUGCACGGCCAUGGAUACCAGAGCAUUGUCCAGACUACUUGAAAUUUUGUAUCCAGAGUUGUUGGGAUUACGAUCCUAAGAAGCGGGCAACAUUUUCAGAUAUUUGGGGGAUGCUUAGGGUUGCAAAACUACGGAGCUUAGGUAUUUUGCAACAAAACUAUGACUUGUUUGCGUUUGAGGAUCACAAGGGCGAUACCAGAAUACUUACCACAAACCCGACAAAUGGAACAGCACUACCAGAACUGCCAGAAACAUCACUCGUACCUCAGGUUGUUUCAAGAGCCGUGGCCAUGGCCGACUACUCUCAGGUUGACUACUACAGAGAAGCUUUAUCGUCCAUAAUGCUGGUACAGAACUUAGUAAAUGGCCAACAGGUCCAAAUUAACUCGCAUCAGUGUCAAUAUCUAUCUGCACAGUUUGCAGACACAAAGAAUUUGCUGAAAGCUAAGGCUGUCCGUCUCAGGUCCAUUUCCAACUGUGACGACAUCCGACGAAAAGCUCUGUUGAAGAUGUGUUUUACGAUGAAGCGAGCUGAGAAGCUGGUGCGGAAUUGCUGCUGCGAGCUGGAAACUUGGCUGGAAUCAGCAGUAACUUUGGCACACAUCAUGGACGACAUUGUGGACAUCCUUCUGGAUUUGCGAUGGUGGACGUCAAUGGUGGAUAUUGCGGUUGCAUCAGUGACGUGCCUGUCAAGCGACCAGCAGGUUGAAUUAGGUCUUCUAAGAGAUGCAGAAGCACAGCUUGAAAGGUUGUUCAAAGAGCUACAUUUGCCCAACAAUGUCCUGGAAGGUGCUGCUAUCGAAGAUAAAGAACAGCUAUUGCGGAGGGUGCGGGACUUGCAGAACUCGUAUGCUGGCACAAACCUAGAUGACCAACAGAACCUCGAGUACCUGGUAGCGGGUCAUGUGCGGUCCCGGCUGGAGGACACUGAGAAUGCGACGAUGAUAGAUUUGGAUUUAAAUGCCUACGAGGAAGGGAAGUUUCUCGGAAUAGGUGGUUUUGGCACAGUUAUGAAUGUGAAAUGGUUAGGGCGCAGAUGUGCACUGAAAACGCUUAACCAUGUGUCCAAGAAGGAGGCCGCCUUUCUAAAAGUUUGUCAGCACCCACACGUUGUUCAAUUUCUCCGGUAUUGGGAAGCUCCUUUUGGGUCUAAAAGUCAUCGUGUAUCUCAAGCUGACGAGUGCAUGCAAUCUCAAAUUUUGACGGAGCUUUUGCCUACGGAUCUUUUCAAACAUCUGAAACUAGUGGCGGAGCUCAAGGAAACGAGUCAAGAAUCAAAAUCCAUGUUUGGGUCAUGGUGGAGACCUCAAUCCACUUCCGAGUCGCCAAUUACUGAUGAUGUUGUUAUUGAUGUUAUGCUUCAAAUUGCUAAAGCAAUGUGUCAUCUGCCAAACAAAGAUGUCGCACACAUGAACCUGAAUCCUCAUACCGUUUUGGUUAGAGCAGUUAGUAUGGAUGAAAUACCAGAGCUCAACUCCCGCGGACAUUUACAUGUGAAACUAGCAGGUUUCAGUGUAGCAAUGAGGAGCUCCGACGAACUUCCCUUCAAUGUGGGCAGCAAAGUUUACGGCGCACCAGAGGUUUUCAUCAAAGAGGGCUUUUCAAAGGAGACGUCUCCCAGUAAAGCUGAUGUGUGGAGUUUUGGUAUCACGUUCUCCGAGAUUCUCAAUGGAAGGCCACCAUUCCAAUUAUCGAAAGAUUUGAUGCUUGGAGAAUUGCAAGGUAAAAUAAGAAAAGGUUUGAGGCCUACGCUGCCGGAGAAUUGUCCAGAUUACUUGAAGUGGUGCAUUGCUAAUUGCUGGGAUCAACGUCCUGAGGACAGACCAAACUUCACAGAUUUAUUGAAGAUUUUAAGACUAGCACAAGUCCGGAGCCUAGGUAUCGUUAGCGACAACUACGACCUUUUCACUUACAGGACAAGGGAUGGCAUGAGAACAUUACCCCCAUCGAAGAAAACACCUGCAUCUGUGCGUGCACUUGGACUAAAUCCACUGGAAGGGUCUGAAAACACAUCAAGCUUUUCUCUUGAUCAUCCAGGAUCGUCAUCGCUUGAAUCCAAGAACAAACAAUUGGUAAACUUCUUUGAAUGCGACAUUCCAUUGACAAUGGCAGUAACAAUGUAAGAGUUCGUUGUCAAGAAAACCAACUGAGUUGGCCAUUGCUUAGUCCAUGUAAUAUGGAGGAUUUUUAAAUGAAGUAGGUGCAUUUGUGAAGAAGGGACUAUGGUAAGUGAUGUGGCCUUUAGAUCUUUGAAAUUGCUGACUAGCUAAUAAUUUAUUCACAAAUUUAUUAAAAGUAUGUAUUAAUAGAGAUGUUUGUUAUUUUUUCUUUCUUUCUUGUAGUUUUUGUAAUAAGAAUGUAACAUUUUUAAAUGUGUUGCUUGCAACCAAUUGCAUUAUGUAUAUAUAAAUUUACUUAUGUAUAAACUCAUAUAUGUAAUAUCUAAAUUUUGGAGUUUUAGAUUUA